CCCUGUUCCUGUCACCCAUAAGAACAGAAGCUCCUCCUCUGUCAAAACCACAUUCGCCUCACACAUUCACCAUCACCAGAAAUAAAGUCAAACAGUUGGAUCGCCUCAGAAGAAACCACCUUGCUGGUGCAGACUUAUAGUGGAACUGAGCCGCCUCCCUCUGUGCACUGCUGGCUUCCUGAACACACCCAGUGCUGCAGUACUCAAAAACUGGGACUCAAACCUAAAGCCUGUGCACCAAAGCUGACUGACAGCACUAACUGACUACAGGUGGAAAUCCAAGGCGGGACUUGGCUGAUGAUAGGGAAGUGCGGGAAGAGCUGCUUAGUCUACUGCCAAUAAUGCCAUUAGGAGGAGGAAACAAAUGUGGCAGAUGUCAGAAGACGGUCUACUUUGCAGAAGAGGUACUGUGUGAUGGGAGGAGCUUCCACAAGUCCUGCUUCCUGUGUACGGUGUGUAGGAAGUUACUGGACAGCACAACUGUGACUGUUCAUGAGGAAGAAAUCUACUGCAAAUCAUGCUACGGCAAGAAGUAUGGGCCAAAAGGCUAUGGUUAUGGCCAGGGAGCAGGAGUCCUCAGCAUGGACAAGGGGCAGGCCUUGGAGACUAAACCUGAAGAACCAGCUGCUGACCAUCCAACCAACAACCCGAAUCCGUCCAAGCUGGCACAGAAGUUUGGUGGGUCAGACCGAUGCUCACGCUGUGGUAAAGCUGUUUAUGCUGCAGAGAAAGUGAUUGGAGCUGGGAGUUCGUGGCACAAGGCUGGAUGUUUCACCUGUGCCUCGUGUGGGAAGGGCCUUGAGUCAACUACACUGUCUGACAAAGAUGGGGAAAUCUACUGCAAAGCAUGCUAUGGCAAAAACUUCGGCCCCAAAGGAUAUGGAUAUGGACAGGGUUCUGGGACACUGGCGCACACUCAGUAAACCAGUGGGAAUGCUGGUUCUUUAAAACAACGCAGUACUGACUUCGGCCUGCAGAGGGCAGACACGCGCCUGAAGAUAUGUUUGUUUUUUGAGCUCUGCAGAAUAAAUCUCAUAUCACAAUG